AUGAAACAAAAUAAUCAAGAUGAAAAAGUCCAGCAAAAAAAGUCAAAAAAAGAUAAGUUUAAAUUGUAUAAACCUCGUAAGAAAAAAAGCGGAGAAGAAGAUGCAGCUAUACAGUACUUGCAAGCACAAUAUGAUAAGAUAAAUCCAGAUGCCAUUAAAACAUUUAAAGAUUUCCCUUUGUCCCAAAAGACAUUAAAAGGAUUGAAAGAUAACAACUAUGUAACUCCCACAGAAAUACAGCGACAGGCAAUAGGGUAUGCACUGCAAGGCAAAGAUAUAUUAGGUGCAGCUAAAACAGGUUCAGGAAAAACAUUAGCAUUUUUGAUCCCAAUUUUAGAAAACUUAUUCUGUAAAAAGUGGACUCGACUGGAUGGAGUUGGUGCAUUAGUCAUAUCUCCAACAAGAGAGUUGGCAUAUCAGAUUUAUGAAACAUUAAGAAAAGUUGGUUGCCUUCAUGACUUCUCAGCAGGAUUAAUCAUAGGAGGGCAAAAUCUCAAAUUUGAAAGAAAGAGGAUGGAUCAAAUCAAUAUUCUUAUUUGUACACCUGGGAGACUUCUUCAGCACAUGGAUGAAAAUCCACUCUUUGACUGCAGUCAUCUUCAAAUUUUGGUUUUAGACGAGGCUGACAGAUGCCUUGAUAUGGGUUUUGAAGCAACCAUGAAUGCAAUCAUAGAAAAUUUGCCACCUGAAAGGCAAACACUAUUGUUUUCGGCUACGCAAACAAAAUCUGUUAAAGAUUUAGCAAGGCUUAGUUUAUCUUUUCCAACGUAUGUUGCACCUCAUGAACAGGCUGAAACUGUUACUCCUGAGUUUCUCCAGCAGAGUUAUAUUGUUUGUGAAAUUGAUGAAAAAAUUGGAAUAUUGUGGUCCUUUAUCAGAAACCAUUUAAAACAAAAAGUGUUAGUCUUCAUGGCAACAUGCAAGCAAGUCAAGUAUACUUAUGACUUAUUUUGUAAAUUAAGACCUGGUAUUAGCUUAUUGGCUCUGUACGGGACAUUGCACCAAGAAAAAAGGGAGAAAAUCUACAAUGAAUUUUGUAGAAAAUCUAAUGUAGUUCUUUUUGCUACAGAUUUGGCUUCAAGAGGCCUCGAUUUUCCUCGUGUAAAUUGGGUAAUACAAUUGGAUUGUCCAGAAGAUGUAGAGACAUAUAUUCAUAGAGCAGGCCGCACAGCAAGGGGUGUGUUUGGCAAAGGCGAGGGUUUGUUGAUGCUUCUUCCGCAUGAAGAAAAAAUUGUAGAAGAUCUAAGAAAAAAUAAAAUUCCAAUUAAUAAAAUUGCAGUUGACCCAUCUAAAGUUGUAGCGCCUCAAAGAAAAAUUGAAGGCUUACUUUCAGAUAAUACUGAACUUAAACAAACAGCACAGAGAGCUUUUGUCAGUUAUUUAAAGUCUGUAUUCUUAAUGAAAAAUAAGGAAAUAUUUAAUGUACAACUUUUAGAUACAGAUGCCUAUGCAAGGUCUUUGGGUUUAAUUGUCCCUCCGAGGAUAAGAUUCUUACAUAAAUAUCAAAAAAGUAAUAUACCCAUAAAAACAUCUGAAGAUGUAGACAAUGUUAGUGUGCUUAGUAAAUUAAAAGAAAGAGCCGAAGAAGACAAUAGAACAGAUCAAAGUUCAGGUGAUGAUGAAAAUGUCAUACCAGUUGAAAAUAAAAACAAAAAACUUACAAAAGAACUGCCUAAAUUUGACUUUCAUAAUGAUGCAGAUAGUGAGGAAGAUGACUUUCUUCAAGUUAAGAAAACUAUCGUCGAUGUUAAUGAUCCAAUAGUAGAAGAGGAAGAAAAACAAACAUCAAAAAAGAAAAAGAAACCAUUGACAAAAGCUGCGGUGGCUAAGAAGUUAUUAAAGAAGAAAAUCAAAGUAAACACAAAAUUGAAAUUUUCAGAAGAUGGAGAAGCAAUAGAAGAUGAAAAGAGGGAUGUCAAAUCUGAAUUAGCAAAGCAAUUCAUAAAUGAGAAUGUUGGUGGUAUUGAUAUAGAAAAGGCUAAAGAGGUUCUGCGAGAAGAAGAUAAAUUUGAUAAAAUAAGGUUUAGAGAGAAAGUAAAAGCCAAACACAAGGAGCAGAAACGUAAACUCAAAAACAAGAAAAAAGAAGAAGCUGAAGAAAAAGAUGAAUUUGGAUCACAAUCUGAUUCUGAUGGACCUGAUUUGUCAUGGUUGCCAGAUCCUGAUAAAGUUUACGGCAAAAAAGAUAGUGGCGAUGAGAGUAGCGACAGGUCUGAUACGGAGCACAAUAGCAGUGCAUCAGAUGAUGAAAGCGAAGAAAAAUAUCACAGGCCUUCAAAACAUAAACUGGUUCAAAGUAAGGGUAUUCCUCAAGAUAGUGUAGCGCCAAGGAAGAAAAAGAAGUUAGAGGAUAUAUCUGCUUCAUUGUCAAUACAAGAAGCUGAAGCACUUGCUAUGCAGUUAUUGACACAACAUUAA